AACCGAAGCUGCGGAGCGUUGCAGUUGCUAUGGUUCCCGGCGCCCGCAGUGUGACGUCAGUCGGCGGCGCCGUGUGAUUACGUUAUGGUUUCCGGCGCCUUUUUGCCAGCCGGGACGCGGGGAGGAGAAACUUAGCUUUUAGUGUGGCGGGGUCAUGAAGAGAAGACGGUGGCAGGAGAGCGGAGGAGGCGGAGGGGCCGCGAGAUUGCGGUAGCCAGCGCCGUGCUGGUGACUGUGACUGUGUGGGAGGACGAGGGCAGCGGCCGGGGCUGUGGGCUGAGCGCGGCUGUGGAGCCGCCGCUCCCGGCCCCCUGGCUCCGCCAUGUUCCGCAGGGCACGCCUUAGCGUGAAGCCGAAUGUCAGGCCUGGUGUAGGCGCCAGGGGCUCCGCCGCUCCCAAUCUCCAUCGUGGACCCGAGGCUCCCAAGCCUCCCGAGCCUGCCACCGAGUCCGCUCCGAAGCCAGCGGCGCCCACAGAUGUGCCUGCGGUGGAUUCCGGGGGAGCGGAGCCCCAGGAAAAGGCUCCCGGGACCAGUAGUGCUGCAAAGACUGGUGAUGAAAAUAAUGAUGAAGAGUCCAGCAAACCGUCCUCUACUGCUGCUCAGAGAAGAAAGCGAGUGUCAGGCACUUCUGGUCCUGUUAAGCCUCCUGUCAGUGUUCCUUCACAGUGUCUUCCCUCACCUACAGUUCCUCACGAGGCUCCCCAGCCAGACCCUGCUCCAGCGAAAGAGAAACAGCCGUGUUCAGACAGAUACCGAAUAUAUAAAGCCCGGAAACUGAGAGAAAUGCUGAAAGAAGAACUGAGAAAAGAGAAGAAACAAUGGAAAAACAAAUUUGCUACAAAUGAAAGCCAGAGGCCACUAGAUCGUUCAAAAAUGACUAUGAGAGACUUCAUAUAUUACUUACCAGAUAACAAUCCAAUGACUUCUUCAGUGGAACUAGAAAAGAAAGUUGAACAAGAAAAGAAAGCUGAAAAGUCCUUGGCUCCCACCCCGACAAGAGAUAGACAAGAAAGUCAGAGCACUCCUGAUGCUGACAAUAAUGGAGAGGAGGAGGAGGAGGCGGAUGAUGGGCCACUGCUGGUUCCUCGAGUCAAAGUGGCAGAAGAUGGCUCUAUUAUUUUAGAUGAGGAAAGUUUAACUGUAGAAGUUUUGAGAACAAAAGGCCCCUGUGUUGUUGAGGAAAAUGAUCCUAUAUUUGAGCGAGGCUCAACAACUACAUAUUCCAGCUUCAGGAAAAACUAUUACUCAAAACCAUGGUCAAAUAAAGAAACAGAUAUGUUUUUUUUAGCCAUCAGCAUGGUAGGAACUGAUUUUUCUAUGAUUGGACAACUUUUUCCUCACAGAGCAAGGAUAGAAAUUAAGAAUAAAUUUAAACGUGAAGAAAAAACAAAUGGAUGGAGAAUAGACAAAGCAUUCCAGGAAAAACGCCCUUUUGACUUCGAUUUUUUUGCUCAUUUGCUUCAGAAAGUUCUUGCUGAAGAAGAAAAAAGGAAACAAAAAUCUACUAAAUGUCAGAAUUUAAAGGAAAAGGCCUCCAAGCCAUGGAAAAAUGUAAAAGCAAAAACAGUAACCAGUGAAGAAGUGAAUGAUGAUCCAGACGAGUCUGUAAAUAGUAACAUUUCAGACCCAGAAGGAUCUCAAAAGGAUGCUCAGACAGUUGCUGAAGAGGAAUCACCAACUCCAUCAGGACCGGAUUUAGAACAAGCUAUGUUAGAGCAAGACCAAAAUCAAGAGAAAAAGAGGAGGAAGAACCAAGUUGAAGCUGAUAAACAAGAAGCAACAAAUCUUGCAGGAAAUGUCCCUGUUCAGUCGAGCCCUCCUGAAGCAGAAAUACACAAGAAUACAUGCCCUGAGGAAGAUGAAGGUGAAUGCAAUAAGGAACAGAUACCUUCCUUCGCACAGAACACAGAUGACAUUGCAGGGUUAGCAUCCACUGAGAAGGUGGAGAUGAGCGCUGACUCCAUCCCUUCCACAUGUAAUCAACAAGACGUCACGCCAGAGUCAAGGGUUGCAGAGUUGCCUGUGUCAGAAGUUGGGAGUGUUGCCUCCUGUGAAGUAAAUAAUGUUGGAAGUACUUGUACAGAAGAAAGAAAUGUUGACCUAAAGAAUAAACCACCAGAGACUGAACAAGCAGAAAAUGUUAAACCAAAAUCAAGAAGUCGAUUCCAGAGACCUAAACCUAAUCUGUCAAGGGCAGUUGGGAAGAAAUCAGUUGUUUCACAAGAUAAACAAGAUGAAAGGAGCAAGAAUUCACCCUCAGAAACUUCAGCUGAAAAGAAUCACGUGGAAAUGGGGAGAAUGACUGAAAUACCUGAAAAUUUUGGGACAGAGAACACAGAAAGAGAGAACCUGGGUGCUGAAAUGGUGUCUGAUUUGAGUGAAAAAUCUUGUGUACAGGAAGAUGGUCAACCAAAGGUCUUAAGACCUGUACAACUAAUGAGGGGCCGAAUGCAAAGACUAAGGCCAAAUAUACAGAAAGCUGCAGAAAGAAAAGAAAUUCUUACACCACAGGAAAAAAGAAUAGAGAAGAAUAAAGAUGAAUCCUGUGUUGAUAGAGAACAAAAUGAAUCCUGUGUUGUGAUUCUUCAACAAAUGGAAAAUGAGUCAGUUAAGAACUUUCAGUGUGAAGAUGUCAUACCACAGCCUGAAAAAAAGGAUCCUUUGGAAAGUGUGCAGUCUGAUGAGCCCAAGGUUCUUAAUGAACAUCCAAGUAUUCACGAGAGCAAGAAAGCAAGUAAACUGAAUCUAGCUCCAGUUCUAAGGACUCGAUUUCAAAAACCAAAACCAAAACCAAACACAAGAAGAAAAAGAAUGACCUCCAGGGAAGGGGUACCAGAGGAGAUUCCUGUUUCUGGAGAAAUAGCAGUAACCUUGGAAGAAACUGCAAGACCAGACACUUCCCCAAGGGAGAAGAUAGCAAAUGUAACUAUUGCUGCUCUUUCUGCUUCUCCUUCCACUAGGGAAUUGGAAUCAGAUUUCAAAGACACUGGAAGAACUGACACAUCUUCUAAUAUGGAGAUGUCAGAGAUGACGGAUGUCACUGUGGAAAUGGAGAUAGGGUUGGAAACAAUUGGAAGAGAGAUUUCCCCAGGGGAGACGGCAGCAGAAAUGAUUGACAUCCCUAUGGAAGCAGAGACAGGUUUGAAAGCAUCUUUAAAUGAGAUUUCUCCUAUGGAGAAGGUGCCAGAGCUGAUUGAUACCACAGAGGAAAUUUAUACAAAUUUGGAAGAAACUGGAAGAAGAGAAAUAUGUCCACAGGAAAAUGGCCCCAGGGAGGUCGGUCCAAUUAGUGAACCAGAGACAGGCUUGCAAGAAACUGGAAAAGAGUUGCCCACAAGAGACAGGACACCAGAUAUGAUUGAUAGCACUGAGAAAAGGGAGGCAUAUUCAGAAGAAACUGAAAGACGAAAAAUACCUGCACCAAUAAAGGAGGCAGAGGAGGCCCAAACCGUGGGUGAAGUGGAAACACACCUGAAGGAGACUGGAGGGGAAACUUCCCAAAGAGGGCCGGCAGUGGCAGCUGCAGAGCAGCUGGCUGGUGGGGUCUGUCCAUGCGGCAGCACAAGCAGAGAGAAGGCGGGAGUGGAGGGGAGUGCUGUGGAAGAAAAGGAGCUCGACCCGAAAGACACUGGAGAAGGAGACGCUUCCUCGGUAGUCAUGGCGUCAGGACAGACGACUGCCGUUGAGGAAACUAAUGGAGAUUUGAAGGGAGCAGGAGAGAGUUCUGUCUGUUGGGAGAGAGGAUCUGGAAAGGAAAUGGUGGCAGACUUAGAAAAAACAGAAAAAGUAGAUGCUGCUCCAGGAGAACAUGAACUAGAGGAGCAUAUCUCAAGGCAGCCCGAGGCAGAGGGAAUUCAGAGCAGCAGUGACAACUGCAGCUCCGGGCCUUCACUGGAUAGAAGAACUAUCAGCAGUAAAAUAUCAGUGAUGCCUACAUUUGUGGAAGAAAAAGAAAAUACUGACAAGGAAGUGUCAAGUCACUUAAGUCAUGUGGAGUCUUCGUCACAGAGUUCUGGACACCAUGAAACAGAACCAGGGAUACCACUUCCAGAUGUCCUAGAGCACUUUUCAGAUACUAACUUAAGCAAAUCUCUUCCUCAAGAACAGAAGCCACUCGAAGUUAAACCAGCUCCUUUUCUGAGAAAUCGAUUCAAAAAACCAAAACCAAACUUAUCAAGAGCAGCUUUAAAGAGAGCAACCGCAGAAGCAGAACACUGUGUACUUGGGAAGAAAUCAGAAGCAGACAAAAUGGAGACCAUUGUGUUACAGCAGGACAGUGAACAAGCUGAUUCUCCCUCUUCUCAACAUGUACCUUCCCGAAUGGCAUCAAGAGAAAAUGAUAAAUUGGGUCAUGAGGAGGAGGCUGUGAUACUACCAUGCAUGCAGACUGAAAAGGAUUCUUCACUGCCAAAUUCAUGUGAACCUAAAGAGGAUUCUCAGUUAACACAAAACCAGGAAAAUGGCUUAGUUGUUCCUAUUGGGACUCAGAAGAUGAAUGUGGUCACACAAGAAACAAAGCAAAGUGUUGUCCAAAUUACUCUUCCAGUGAGAGGUCGACUUCAAAGACCAAGACCAAAUGUACAAAAGGCCAGACAGAGGCAGAUAGUAGAAAAAAGUGAACUUGAAGGCUCAACUAAGAAUGAAGGAUCAGAACUACAAAAAGAUGAGACAAAAUCCCUGAUGAGGGUGAACUCUCACAUUGAAAGUGAAGUUGAUGCUGUGUCCUUUGGAGUUUCAGAGUCCAGAGUGAAUGAAAGUCACAGCUGUGUGGUUCCUGUAGAGAACUUAAAUGUUCACAAAAGCAGUGUUUUAGAUGAACAGAUAAGGCGUGAAAAUAACCCUCCUGUGCCUAGUCCAACACAGCUGAUGAGAAGGCGAUUCCAAAAGGCUAAACCAAAUUUAGGAGGAGCACAUCAUAAAAAAGAGCAACCAGGUGUAGAAAAAGACACAGCAGACCAGAGCACAGCACCAAAACCAGAAGACCAUGUGCUGCAGGAGGGAGACUUGGACAUGCAGCUUCCUCUAAAAGAAAAGAUAGAGGUUCUGACACCUCUGGAGAUUUCAGCAAGAAAAGAUUGUGUAGUUCCUGAAGAGUCAAGUUCUGCCAGAGAUGAUGCUCAGCUGAAAGCUGCACCAUCAGGAGGUGCUAGGGACGAGAUUGUAGAGGACCAUCCUACAUCAUCUCUGGGACUUGACGAGCAGGGUCUCAGUAAACAAAUUAGCAGUCCACAACUAUUGAAAGAAUCAAAUUCCAAAACUACUCCGCAUCGAAGAACAGCGCUCUCUUCUGCCUCUGAGUGUGAGACAGAUCACAGUGGGAAAAGAGCAUCUAGGAAGAUGAGACCCAAUGUGCCCAAAGGACGGGGAUCGAAACGAAUUCGAGGUAAGACUGCUAAGAAGGAACCUAGAGCUUCCAAGUCCGUGUUGGUGACUCUUCGGGCUUCCCAGAAAGAGGAUGAAGAUGAUGCUGAGGAUUUUGAUUCUGACUAUGAGGAAGAAACCUGUCAUCUUGCCCCAGAAGAAUUAAACAAAGCACCAGUGUUUGUACCUGUUGGUCUGAGAUCCCCUGAACCAGUGUCUGCUCAGAUCGAAGAAACAAUGGAAGAGCUUGAGAUAACCAUGGAUGUUGCAGACCUAGGAUGUGUGACUGUUGUUGAACCCCAGCGUUCAGACACGGAUACAACAACUCAGGAUGUGCAACCAGAAAAAGAUCCGCAUUCACCAUCAUUUGAAAUGGUCAUAGGUGAACAGACCCAAGAAGAACCAGGUCCCAGUGACGGAAGUACGGAAGCUGCCAUAACUUUACUUACAAUGGGAGACAUAGUUUUGCAGUCAGAGGUCAUCACUGAACAGGGUGAUGUAGGAGUAUGUGUAUUUCCUGAUGUUCAUUCAAAGGAUAAAAGUCAUGUUCCUUUUAGCCCAGAUAAAGUAAAUCACAAAAUUAUUCAUGAAUAUCAGGAGGUUUCUUCACCUGUGAUUAGUAUGUCGCCUGCAUCGGUUGAGGAGAACAAGAUUGUAUCGGAGGAACAAAGUACUAGAGACGAAGCUGUACUGGAGGACGAAGUCCUGGAGGAUACUGUGUCAACCAGGAAUACAGCUUCGACAAUGACCAAACAUUUGAGACUGGAGAGUCAUUUUACCCCACCUGAACCAGAUUCUGAGAAGAUCCUAGGGGUCUGUGGGCUCGACGGUCAUCAGGAAGUUGCCAGUUGUUGUGUAACCAAAGGGACAGACGUGGAAAUUCAAAGAGAAACUGAGGAAAAUGAUUCCAGAGUAAUAGAUUUAGAAGAGAAAGGCCUGGACCCAGCAGAGGCUAAGGAGCAGAACCACUUGCCGUGUGUGCGUGCUGUGGAAGGGCCCAGAGUUUCUCAAGACGUUGUCCUACGAGCGAGAAGUGAAGAUGAAGAUGAGACCUUGCAGGAAGUUCAGAGGUUGGGUGCUGCAGUUGCUUCAUCUGAAAUGGGGCUCCACACACGAGAUUCAGGUCAGGGUCUUGGUGAGAGUCCAGUUGAAGAGCCUCUCAGAGAAAACUCUAACGACAGCAGCAUGCUCAUGCUUCAUAUGCCAGAGAGUGUACCAUCUAAUAUUCCAGAAGUCCAACAAGGAAAUACGAUCAAUCCUCAAGAUGUAACAGUGAAUCUAUUUGCUAAUCUACAGCAAGAUGGAGAAGAUGAACAAGCAUUCAUUUUAACUUUGGUGGAAAUCCCAACUGAUGCAACAGAAGGGUUCACUGAUGCCUCCAUGCAGUUAAUGCCAAGCUCUUUACUGCCAGCUCCUAUAUUGGUCAAAUCUGGAAACACGAUAGAAAGAGGUGACCUGAGUGGGAGUUUACAAGCAGCUUCAGUUAUUCAAGAUGCUGUAUGCUUAUCUCCUUCUGAAAGUGGUGAUUCUGAAAAGCUUCCUGCUAAGUUGAAUCGUACAUCUAGGAAGAGAUUUCAUUAUAGUCCUGAUGAAAACAUUCUUGUACCUCCAGCCAAAAAGUCCUCAAUUACUCCGGGAGUUGAUUUUCAAGAAUGUGCCUCUGAGGUAUGUUCAAAGGAAUUAAAUGUUUUUGAGAAAACAGAGGAGUCUUGCAUUGGACCAGGCAUUUUCCCUACCUCAGAGAGCAUACGUGCAACCUCCAAACCUCAAAAGGAACACAAUGAAUCAACUUUUCAGAAUGCAGGAUUGAGAUCUCCUGAUGAAAUAAAAGAUGCAUGUGUGGAAAAGAUCAUGACUCAGUUGCCUCAGGGUGAGACGGUGCCUGAUAAAGAAGAAAAAACUGGUCUUGUUUCCAGUUCUGAACAAAGAAAUAGCAUGAUGUCAUCUUCAAAACCCCCUCUGAUCAGACCUGGCAGAAGACCUUUGGGAUUUUUGUCUUUAAUAUGUCCAAAAAAUAGUUUGGACUCUGAUGAAGUGACUCAAACCCAUAGUAAGAAGCGCCUGAAGCCUCAUAUACCUGUAUCACGACGAAAUUUGAAAAAGUCUAAUCUACUUAAUGCAAGUCAGAAAAAAAAUGAAGAAUCUUCUGAUCCGCACCCAUCUCCAAGUGUUACUGAUACUCAGUCUGAUAAUACUGGAAGUUCAGCAACUCAGGUUCCUUCUGAUCAGCCACCGCUAAAAGAAAAGUGUGAAAAUGGGCCAAAACGGGCAUCUGAAGAGGAGGCAUCCACAGUCUCGGAGUUUGUCUUCAACGACAUCUUCAUUGAAGUUGAUGAAACAGAAUAAAGCACUCUCCUGGGUCUUUCCUUUUUUCCCUUUUUCUUUGUAUUUUUGUAAUAACUUUGAAAUAUCCAGAGUCGCUGAUGUUAACAAAGCAGUGUUUACAAAAGCACCACUGCCUGUUUUUAUUUAGGUUAAUUCUGAAUAUUUAUUGAGCUUAAUUUGAAGCUUUUAUAAUCAGUGGAAAACAUUUCGUUCUGAAAUACCAAGCAAUUAAGACUGUUCUCUCUGACAGACAUUUUAACUUGUUUACAUUCGACUGGCCCUGUGCUGAGCACAUCUGGACUUGUGGACUGUGUGGAUCCACAUCUGUAUAAAUCAUAGUGCUGACAUGCUUGGAGCUUGAUUGUAUUUAACGUUAGUGACCUUCUUUUUGUAAAGGUGGUUUUCUUUGUUUUAUUUCUGUGGUUUUGUUUUUGUUUUUUGGGAGGGUGAUGAAGGUCUGUUCAAUUGCCUGUAAAUAUAUGAAAGUUAGUUGUGAAACUACACUUUGGUAUGGUAAAGUUAAAACUUUUCUAUUAUCAGCUAUUUGACUGAAAAAUGUGUAUUUUUCUAAUUCAUGGUGAUGUAACAUUAGUUCUAAUUGAAGAUGUAGUAUUUAAACUUGCUAUUUAUAAAGAUGGAACAUCAAAGAGAUUAUUUAUUUUUAAAUUUUUUAUUUAAAAGUAUAUCCCAAUUUAAUGAUUUCCACUAAUCAGAUUUGGGUAAGGAAAGCAUUAACAAAUGAUUUGUCUCCUUUUCCACUUUACUUUUAAAGCUAUUUUAAAAUGUCAUAAUUACAAAUGUUUAGGUAGUGUCUAUAUUUUGAAUACUUUUCUCAUACUUUAGUAUAUUGAAUUUGUACUGUGAUUUUUUUUCUUUUGCUUUCCUUAUUUCUUCUAUUAUCUCAGGAUUUUCAUUGGAAGAAAAAAAAGUUAAUGUAAGAGACAUUGUCAUGUAAAACAAUCUUACACACACACACACACACACACACACACACACACACACUCCUUUAAAAAAAAAAAAGUGAUAGAUUUUCCCCCUAAUAAAUUCUGCUCACAGGAUGUGUAGGCCUUUAACCACAGGACGUGAUUCUGAUGCUAAAGCAGAAAAUAGGGCAGGAGGACUUUGCAAAGCCGUGAUUGUCAUUGUUAUGAACUUAGGUGUUUUUAAUUUUGAGACUUAGUGAUUCAUAGAAGUGUCUUAUUUCUCUUAACAGAGUUUCCUUGUUUCAAAUUAAACUCCUCAAAGAGCAAAUUUAUUUGAUUUUAUGGGAAAAUCUCAUAGACUGAUACAUUAGCUCGGUAGUUAGAAAUUUUUCCCACAAGGUAUUUUUUGAGACUGUAGACCGAGGGGUCCUGGUGGCAGCUGUGCUGCUGUGCUGGCUCACACAGGUGCCGAGGGAGGGGCAGGGUGCCUGUGCUUUCCUUAGGCCCUGCACGGUAGGCUAUAGUCCCCCUCCCUACCCCACCCCCUUAAGACAGGUUUUCAUGACCCAGACUGGCCUUGGACUCUGUAGAUGAGGAUGCUCUUUACCUUGUGACCCUCCAGUCUUCUCUCCCAGGAGUGCACCACCGUGCCCAUUUUGAUGUUGUGCUGGAGUAGAACCCACUGCUUCCCACUUGCUAGGCAAGCACUCUACCAGCUGAGUUUUUCCAGUCCUGGAC